UCAUGGGGAAGCUCCAGCAGUUCGAGAUCACCUUCGACAAAAGCAAAGUGAUGUACAGUCCGGGAGAGUCCAUCUCCGGGACCGUGAGCGUCAAAGUGGGCCAGGCGCUGCCCUGCAAAGCCAUCAAAGUGAACUGCAAUGGUUUCUGUGGCAUCACUACCAAAGUGAACGACACGGCGUGGACGGAGGAGGAGCAGUACUUCAACAACACUAUCUCUGUCUCAGACAAAGGAACACUGAAACAGGGAGAACACACUUUUCCCUUCAAGUUUCUCAUACCAGCUUCUGCUCCAACAUCCUUUGAAGGCAACUAUGGCAAAAUCAUUUACAGAGUGAGGGCUUUUAUUGAAACACCACGUUUUGCCAAGGACUACAACGCUGAGAAGGCUUUCUACCUGCUCAGCCUCCUGAACCUGAAUGAAGUGCCAGAUAUAUGGGGAAUCUGCUUAUCUGAAGUGAAGCAGCAGUUCACCUACAUGCUGGUGAAAACGGGCACAGUCGUCCUGAAGGCUCAGACUGACAUGAAGGGUUACACACCGGGCCAGAUCAUCCAGGUGACAGUCAACAUCCACAACCAGUCUGGGAAGAAUACAGGCAACAUGGCAGCCAGCCUGAUGCAGAGAGUGACCUAUGAGACGAAGAGGUCCACCCAUGAUCUGAGAAACAUAGUGGAUGUGGAGGGAGGCGCUGUGAAGGCCGGCAAGGAGGUGGAAUGGAAGGAGCAGAUCAUCAUUCCUCCUCUCCCACAGUCCUCGCUGGCAGGCUGUGAUCUGAUAAAGAUUGAAUAUUACGUUAAAGUCAGUCUAAAAUCUCCAGACGUCAUGCUGACACUACCCAUCCACAUCGGGAACGUCUCACUUGACAAAAAACUGCACCCUUCAAAAAAAGCAGCAAAUUCUUCCACUGCUGCAGCUGAGGAUACACCAGGCCCCGGGGUGUCCAACUCUGACAGCUCCACCUCUGCCACCACUCCCACACUGCCCCCUCGCCCUGCCCCCAAACCUGCUCCCCGUCCCACACCUCGCCCCAGGGGGUCUUCCCAUAAUUCACCCAGUGCUCCUCCAGCUGAGUACCGCCUUGGAGCAGAGGGUGGGGCUCCAGUGAACGAUGGCUUCCCCAACAAGCGCCAGUCUCAGCUAGUGUCACCCAAUGCUUUCAGCUAUGCCCCCGGGCUGUUUUUCCCCCAGAACCAGCCACCCAGUGGGCCUGGCACUGCAGCCAGUGGCUCCACAGGGGCCACAGCACCUUACCCAACUGAGACUGCUACUAGCUCAGCACCAACAGCACUCCUCCUGCCUCCCGAGUAUGACACCUCAGCUUAUCCUCAAGAGGCUCCACCAUCUUAUGAUGAGAGCUGCAACACAUGAAGUGGAUGAAGACCGAAAACGCUCCUACCAAGAGGAUCAUCAAUUCACUAUAAUUCACUACAAUAUCAAACAAAAUGUCCGACUGAAACUGCAGUUCCUUUGGUUUUGGAAAUCAUGGCAUCGUCAUGCAGAGUCCGGUCAUGGUAAAACAUUAGAACUAACUUGGACCAAAUAAUUACCAGACACAGAGCAAACCUAUUGUAACCUGGUGUGAAUAUUUUUACAACUAUUUAACCCCCAUAUUUUCUAUAAGUUUCAAAUGUUUCUAAAUGUACAAGAAUCAGCAUUUUGAAUUGAAGUGAAUUGACCUCAGGCCCUGCUGCCCAGUGAACAAGUAGCUUAAUAUAACCUAAUGGGGUUUAUCCUCUCCACAACCAAUCAACGCUGUUUUUUUUUUUUAAAUUUUUUUAUCUAUGUUUUACUUUUUUUGUUUUAAGCACUUUGAAUGAAAGGAAAGAGAAGAGGAAUCUGCAGAAUUAUAUUUUCUGUUCUUUUUACUGAAACUGGAGUCGAGCUUUUAAUUGUGGGUCACUAAGCAGUAGAUGACGUCUGUGAUGUCAGGUUUGAAAGUUUCAUGUAGAAACAUUGGCACAAAACAAUUAAUCUAGUAUUUCGUUUUAUACUCUUCAAAGGCUAACAGGUGAAAUUAUCUCCAUUUGUUGAAUAUUUAAGUCUAGAUGAAAGAUGUAAUUUGCAAAGAUCCUUUUUAUGUGCUUUUAAUCAGGAGUUUUCAGAUUUAUGCCACACAAUUCAGAUGUUGUUGCAAGUUGUCUAUAAUUAGAUUUCUAAGGAUAAAGUGUGGAUCCAACUCAACCUCUAAUAAUCUGAUUUCGGAAUUUUUUUAAUCAUUUGUUACUUUCAUGUCCUUGAACUAUGAUAUAGUGACGUAUAUUAUUCUCCUGCUGAAUGUGUGUUGACUCUAUUCAUGCAAGACAUCCCUUGUGUGUCAGAUUUUUUUUUUAUUUGAAUAUUGAUGCAGCAUUACUGUGAUGAAGUUCACAGCGAUUAUUUCAAUCAAAGUUUUGUG